GUGGACGCCACAGCUCCCAGGGGGGCUGACAAUCUGGCCAGAGAAGGAACAGGAUCACACUCCUGUCAGGACCCCCACCCCUCCAAGAAACAUGAACCGAAAAGACAGCAAAAGGAAGUCUCAUCAGGAAUGCUCUGGGAAGGCAGGAGGACGGGGUCGGCCACGACAGGCCCGCCGCCACAAGACGUGCCCCACCCCCCGGGAAAUCAUCAAGGUUAUGGCUUCCAUGAGUCUGGGGGUGCUGAGCGAAGGCAGCUGCAGCGAAGAUGAGCUGCUGGAGAAAUGUAUCCAGUGCUUCGACUCAGCUGGCAACCUACGCCGUGGGGACCACAUUCUCAAGAUGGUGCUUAUGAUGCACAGCUGGGUGCUGCCAUCCUCAGACUUCGCUGCCCGGCUGCUGACCUCGUACCAGAAGGCUGCCAAAGAUGCACAGGAGCUAAGACAGCUACAGAUCUGUCACCUGGUCAGGUACUGGCUGACCCUUCACCCUGAGGUAGUGCACCAGGAGCCCCAUCUGGAAGAAGUCAUAGGUCGGUUUUGGGCCACUGUCGCUCAGGAGGGCAACUUGGCCCAAAGGAGCCUAGGAGAUGCCUCCAACCUACUGAGUCCCAGAGGACCCGGCCCCCCACCUCUCAUGAGCAGCCCAGGCCUGGGCAAGAAGCGCAAAGUCUCCUUGCUGUUCGAUCACCUGGAGUCAGAGGAGCUGGCUCAGCACCUCACUUACCUCGAGUUCCGGUCCUUCCAGGCCAUCACGCCCCAAGACCUUCGGGGCUAUGUUUUGCAGGGCUCAGUGAGGGGUUGUCCCGCUCUGGAAGGUUCUGUGGGUCUGAGCAACAGUGUGUCCCGCUGGGUGCAGGUCAUGGUGCUGAGCCGUCCUGGGCCUGCACAACGUGCCCAGGUACUGGAAAAAUUCAUUCAUGUGGCAAAGGGGCUUCGCCAGCUACAGAAUUUCAACACGCUGAUGGCAGUCACGGGGGGCCUGUGCCAUAGCUCCAUCUCCAGGCUCAAGGACUCCCACACCCACCUGAGCCCCGACAGCACCAAGGCCCUUCUGGAGCUGACAGAACUCCUCGCCUCCCACAACAACUAUGCCUGCUACCGCCGCAUCUGGGCCAGCUGUACUGGCUUCCGGCUGCCAGUACUGGGUGUACACCUCAAGGACCUGGUGUCCCUGUAUGAGGCCCAUCCAGACAGAUUGCCAGAUGGCCGCCUGCACCUACCCAAGCUGAACAGCCUCUACCUACGGCUAGAGGAGCUGGCAUUACUCCAGGGACAGCAUCCCCCCUGCAGUGCCAACGAGGACCUGCUACAUCUGCUGACGCUCUCCCUGGAUCUCUUCUACACAGAAGAUGAGAUCUACGAGCUUUCUUAUGCCCGGGAACCACGUUGUUCCAAGAGCCUGCCACCCUCCCCCUACAAAGCACCUCUGGUGUUGGAGUGGGCCCAUGGUGUGACACCAAAGCCAGACAGUGUGACCCUGGGCCAGCAUGUGGAACAGCUAGUGGCGUCUGUGUUCAAGAACUACGACCCAGAAGGCCAUGGCACCAUCUCUCUGGAGGACUUUGAGCGACUGUCAGGCAACUUCCCCUUUGCCUGCCAUGGGCUUCACCCACCUCCCCGCCACGGAAGCGGCUCCUUCAGCAGAGAGGAGCUGACGGAAUACCUGCUCCGUGCCAGCGCCAUCUGCUCCAAGCUGGGCCUGGCCUUCCUGCACACCUUCCAUGAGGUCACCUUCCGCAAGCCUGCCUUCUGUCACAGCUGCAGUGGCUUUCUCUGGGGUGUCACCAAGCAAGGUUAUCGUUGUCGGGACUGCGGGCUGUGUUGUCACAGACACUGCAGGGGCCAAGUGAGAGCGGAGUGUAAGAAGAGGCCGGAGAGGAAGGGCGACCCUGGUCCCCCAGGAGCGCCUGUGCCAGCCACACCACACCCUCGUGCCAGCUGCGACUCUGAGGAAAAUCUCUCCUAUACACUCUCUCCGGAUGCUGAGUCUGGUUGCCACCUUCGCCAUGCUUGGACCCAGACGGAGUCCUCACACUCUUCCUGGGAGACAGAGAUGGUGCCCUUCCCAGCACCAGUUCCAUCGUCCAACGCUUCCUCGAAGCCCAGUGCCUGAACAGCAUCUGGAGUCCUUUCCCUCACUCCCGAACCACCGUCUCAUCCACACCCACACUGCCUCUGACAAAGCACCCAUCCUCUUUUACCCUGCACCGACUGUCAGUCAUACUCCUCCCCCCUCACUUAGCAUCUGCGACUCGGUGUUGGAUGAAUUUGGACUCGGGCCGUGUCAUCUCCCCAACCCCCCACUUCCCAGAUAAGGAGACUAAAGCUUAGUAAGGUUAAGCUUCAUGCUCAAAAUGUGGGAGGCCAGACUCACACUGUUUCCAAAUGAAGCUCUGGACCAGUGGACCACGAGGACUGUUGGCACGUGUCUGGCGGUUAUGAGAAUGGAGGGGACAGAGUCCUAACCAGUGUCAGGAGAAACGCUGGUGUGGGCAGGAAAUGUCUUCCUCUGCUCAGAGCUUCCGCACCGUGCUCAAGGUAAAACCCGGUCCUGUGGUUUACAAAGCUCUGCAAGACCUGUCCCCACCACCUGUCUCCCCUUUCCACAUCUUACCUCCUUACCCACCCUCUUCUGCCUACACUGGCCUCUAUGUUCCUAGAACAUUCCCAAAGUACUCCUGCCCCGGGGCCUCUGCACUGGAGGUUCCCUUUAUCUGGAAUGCUCUUUACCAGAGGUCUAUGUGACUCACCUGCCUUAGAGCUCUGCUCAAGUGACAUCCCCUUGACGAGGCUUCCUGACCUGAGAGAUGUCACACAUCCACGUUCUGACCUCCCUUCCUGCUUUACUUCCCUCUGUGGGGCUUUGGUCCUCUAGCAGACUAGACAUUUCACCUAUUUAUCUUGUUAAACGCCUGCUCUUCCUCACCAGGAAGAGCUAGCAAAAGGCAGAUGUUCAUCUGUAUUAUCCCGUCGUGUCCCGGCUGCCCAGCCCCUGUAAAGUGUUUGUCUGAUGCUUCAGU